AUGUCAAUAUUAAAGACAACGGGUGCUGAACCUUCACAAAAUCUGGGUUUGAAACGGCUUGAUGAGAUCCAUGACACACACAUGGCUAGAAUCGGCUCCAACGGACUGCUCGGGAAUCGCCUCCCGAACCGACAUGCUCAAGUUACUGGCACAAUCACUAGUAGCGUGUCCGACCUAAAAUCCGCGCUGCAAGCGCAAGUCGUUUCACUAGAAAGUGCGCUGACGCAAUCGCUCGACAAGCUCGCUACCGCGUUGAACGACAACGCAUCCGCGGCGAUCUUGGCGCUUCAAGCGCAGAUUUCCGCCCUUCAGAGCAGCAUCGACGCUCUAAACUCACGCAUUGCGAACCUCGACCUGAUCUUAUACCUUAGAAUCACGCGACCCGGCGGCGUUACUCCCCAGGCAACACCCGUCGCACUCCGGUCGCGCAUCUCGUCGCUAAGAGGCAGCCUCCCCGCCAUCAACAAGCGCGCUACCUCCCUCAACACGGACGUGGUGGGCAUCCUCCCCAACCUCCGCGCGUUGCUGAGUCAGCGAGUGGCAGCGCUCACUCUGAGGGUGGGUGCACUGAAUGUGGACGUGUCGGCGCUCGCUGCGCAGGUGGACGCGCUGAUCGCCCCGCUGAGUGACGCCCUUGGCGUGGCGGACCUCGUGGCUCUGCUGCCGCAUCCAGCAGGUCG